CUCUCUCUCUCUCUCUCUCUCUCUCUCUCCAUAUAAAACCCUCCUUAAAUCCCUCGAAGAUCAAGACAGAAGAAAUCAAAUACAAAAAAACAGCUGCAACCCAAAAGCUUUACCGAAUCCAAAACCCUCAUAAACUCUGUGGCUGAUUGAAUUUUCUAGUCAUCAGAAAGAUGAGCCGUGGUGGGACUCGCCUGGUCUCUUCCAUGUUGGCCGCGUUGUCGCACGAUAUAUUGACCAGUCCGGGGGGCAACCUCCACCGGAGCGGAAACUUCGUGGGGAGCAUUUCGAUUAUUCGCGGGUCAACAAUUGGUGGCGUCCGAAACAGGAGUACUUUGGCGAUCGGGGAGAAAAAAGAGGAAACGCAGAAACCUCCGGUCACAGCGGCGGCCGGUGAUUUGAAGAAGGAGAAGAGAAUGGUUAGUUACUGGGGCGUGGAGCCAAACAAGGUUACCAAAGAAGAUGGUACAGAAUGGAAAUGGAGUUGUUUCAGGCCAUGGGAGACGUACAAAGCAGAUAUAUCAAUAGAUCUGAAGAAGCACCAUGAAGCUUCUACAUUUACGGACAAGAUGGCUUAUUGGAGCGUGAAAAUUCUUAGAUGGCCAACGGAUAUGUUCUUUCAGAGACGAUAUGGGUGUAGAGCAAUGAUGCUAGAGACAGUGGCGGCUGUGCCAGGGAUGGUGGGGGGAAUGCUGCUACACUGCAAAUCACUAAGAAAAUUCGAGCAUAGUGGGGGUUGGAUAAAAGCACUGCUAGAAGAAGCUGAGAAUGAGAGGAUGCACCUGAUGACAUUCAUGGAGGUAGCAAAACCCAAAUGGUACGAACGAGCGUUAGUAUUUGCAGUGCAGGGCGUCUUCUUCAACGCAUAUUUCUUAGGGUAUUUGGUUUCUCCAAAAUUUGCUCAUCGGAUGGUGGGGUAUUUGGAAGAAGAAGCCAUACAUUCUUACACAGAGUUUCUUAAAGAAAUCGAUAAUGGGAACAUUGAGAAUGUGCCUGCGCCCGCCAUUGCUAUUGAUUACUGGCGCCUGCCUUCUGGCUCAACUCUCCGAGAUGUUGUCAUGGUUGUCAGAGCCGAUGAGGCGCAUCACCGUGAUGUUAAUCACUUUGCUUCGGACAUACACUGUCAAGGGCUGGAGUUGAGGGAGUCACCUGCUCCACUCGGUUAUCACUGAGCCAUCUGGCAAAUCACUCCUCAUAAUCAGUAAUUUAUUCAAUAUUGGGUGUUAAUUGUUAACAGUUACAUAAAUAAAACACAUUUAUAAGAGUUUAUUAAUUUGUUAUUUGAUUUAUAAAUCAACAAUUUAUUAUGUACUUGUCAGCUUUUGAGACUGUAAAAAAUUGUUAUUGCA